GUAUUUGAGGAUGAUCUAUAUGCUAGAGUGAUAAGACCGAUUAGAUAUCGCGUUUAUUUCAGCCAGUGCCUAUUGGAACGCCGCGGCGCGCACGUCUUCUAUACACCGCGCCGAAUCAUGCGCACACGCCACCGACACCAUGAGGCGCCUAGCAAGAUCCUUCUACUUAGUGUCAUUUGUGUUCCUCAUCAUUUUUCUCUAUCAUACUUUAAAAGAAAUGAAAAAUACACAACAACAAUUGCAAACGAAUAAAAUAUUUGAAACAGAACAAAACUUGGAAUUUUUUUUGGAAGAGUUGGAAAAAAACAUUAAAGCCAGUGAAAAAACAGAAGAAAAAGAUCUAAAAGACAAAGGUGAAGGGGUUAAUAAUAGUAAUUUAAAAUAUAUUUUACAGUGGACUAAUCCUAAACAUGUGCCUUUUGUGUAUAUGGGUGAAGGUCAACAAGGAUUUAUAGACAGAAAGUGCAAGUAUACUAAUUGUUUUGUUACCAGUGAUAGAAAUUUACUGGGGGAUGUUAGCAAGUUCGACGUUAUUGCUUUUGCCGGACCUGAAGUCUCCUACACACCUAAUGAAAAACUAACGCCUCCGAAGCGAUCGCCACAUCAGAAGUAUGCAUUUACAAAUAUAGAAUCAGCAGGGAACUACCCGAUUUGCUCCAACAGGCUAGAUAACUUUUUCAACUGGACGUGGACCUACAGAUUAGACUCUGAGAGUAGAUGGGGCUACUUAAUUGUCAGAGAUACUGAAAAUAAAAUAGUAGGCCCAAAUAUUGAUAUGCAUUGGAUGAAGUUAGAAGAUAUGAACCCUGUCAGUGAAGAAUUAGCAGCACAGUUGAGAAAUAAAACCAAAGCAGCAGCAUGGUUCGUGUCUAACUGUAGAACAAGAAAUCUUCGCGAGAAAUUCGUUAAGGAUUUGCAAAACGAAUUAGAAACUUACGACUUAACAGUAGAUGUCUACGGCAAUUGUGGGCCGCUUAAGUGCGAACGAAGCAAUGAAGAGGAAUGUUUUCAAUUGAUAAAGAGGGACUAUUAUUUCUAUCUGUCGUUCGAGAACUCAUUCAGUAAAGAUUACGUGACUGAAAAGCUGUUACACGGCCUGAAAUACAAUGCGAUCCCUAUUGUCUAUGGAGGUGCUAACUAUACAAGGUUCAUGCCAGACGGAAUAUACCUAAAUGCAAGAGAACUAGGGGCCAAAGAAUUAGCUAAAAAGAUGAAGUAUCUCAUAGACCAUCCCGACGAGUAUAAAGAGUAUUUCCGAUGGAAGAACCACUACUCUUACUAUAGAAGAGCCGAAAAUGUUGAGACGGACGAUUAUUGUGGUUUCUGCAGUCUCCUCAACAACGAAGAGAUGGUGAAAAAGACGUCCAUAUACAAGAACUUUAAGGAGUGGUGGAAUGAUCCUGAACAUUGUCGUGGUUUUGGUUAAAAGCAAUUUAAGCUGGCGUACCCCUAUCUGUGCCAUUGAAAAAAAAAAAACAAAUCGAAGUAAAAUCCAUAUACGUAGGUACCUAACUAGUUUCUGUCCGCGACUUCGUCAGUGUGGAAUGGUGAUGAUGAUUAAUAAAUUUACUUGUAGACACAGAAAAGCGAAAUUUGCCAGUACUUUUUUUUUGCCGGAAGUGCUUGGCAGACGCUCUCAAAGGUGACCAUCGGGAACCCUAAAUAUACCCAUCUGAUACCACCGUUAAACCAAUUCCAGUCGUUAGGUAUGAACCCUCAUUUCAGGAGGGAUAUAUAAGUCUGCUAAGACUAUUUCUGUCGUAAUACCUUCUCUGUCAAGGUGUUUCGGGCGGACGCACCUUUGAGAGCGUCUGCCAAACACUUCCGGCAAAAAAAAAUCUGACAGAUUUCGCUUUUCUGUGACUACCAGUAAAUUUUUAACUUCUAACAUUAUUAUUAUAUCUGUAUCUGCUGGGUUAAAUCAGCCCCCCUUUUUCGCACCGGAAAUGGCCUUCUUUUGGCUUGUCGUGACAGUUUGUCAAAUUCGGACUCAGCAUCUCUUUUAUGGGAAACCAUUGUGCAUUUCAUCGCCGUAUCAAGUCGGUACCAAAUUUUGCAGCCGGCUCUUCUACCAGUUGAGAAAUGUGUUUUCAUUCAUGCACUCAUUACAAUUUCAUACUGAAAAGGACAUAAUUUUAGUAACAUUAUCUAAGUACACCUUUUCUUAGUAAACGCUUAUCAGUGAUAUCAGUAAGUUACCGUUUGGUUAUAAUCGUUAUAGAUGAUUGUGCAAGCUGUGAUUAAAUAAGUUUUAUAAGUAUACUUAUUAUAAGUAAAAUGAAAAAUGUUUAUAAAA